AUGUCACACAUUUCUAAAGUUAAUUUCAAAGGUAUACUCAUUGGCAAUGGUUUGACUGAUCCAAUCAAUCAACUGACAUACGAUAAGACACUAUUGAAUUUGGGAUUAAUAGAUGAAAAUGAAGACAAAGAAAUGCAAAAUAUUCAAAAUAAUUUUAAAGGUUUUGCAAAAUCCAAAGAUUAUCGCAAAGCAACGGAAGUGUUUCUAAAGCUAUUUACUACCGGUUAUCUAACCAACAUAACUGGUUAUCUGGGUUUUCACGAUAUUGAUAAUAGUGGUAACAAAUUAGAGUCAUUGAAAUAUGUCGACCAAUAUGUUACACAACCGUCGGUUCGCAGUGCUAUACAUGUCGGUAAUGUUGUCUAUAAUAUGACGAGUCAAGUAGUUUUUGAAUACAUGUUUGAAGACUUUAGCCGAUCGGCUGAACCAAAUCUGACGGCAAUCAUUGACAACGGAUCCAAAGUAUUGUUAUUUACCGGAAAUUUUGAUAUUAUUUGCGGCGUCGAGUCUACCAAUGGAUUACUAAUGAAUAAAAAUUGGAAAUAUUAUAACGAUUACAAUAGAGCCAAACGAGACAUUUGGAGAGUCAAUACAAACGAUACACAAAUAGCCGGUUAUGCAAAAAGUUUCGGUAAUUUUACUCACGUUAUCGUACGUAAUGCCGGUCACGUUUCACUGGCAGACCAGCCCAGGUCUACACUAGAUAUGGCCAUCAGAUUUGUCAAAUCUCUGCCGUUUGGACACUAA